GGUAAAUAGAGAGCACAAGUAGGAAGUUGUUGUCAACAGUCACUGGAUCAUCCGUAAACUCCAAACCUGGGCGAAAUUUGUGUGAACCAGCCUCUCACCUUGAAUGCCGUCGGCGUUUCGACUUAACUCUGGAGGAAGCCGUUGCCUUGUUAGAAAUAUAUUUGGUUGUCAUGAUCAUUUCAUUCUCCUGGGCCAUUUAUUUUAUAUUUGUCUCGAAGCCUCUGCUGGGGAAAAACUAGGUGUCCUGUUUGGCUAGCGAUGGCCCGCUGACAUGGACUAGUGCACCAGAGGAGUGUGUGAGUGGAGUGUGUGAGUGGUCGUGAGCCGCGGGGACAGGACGGCCUGAUGGAUUUCUCCAAGUUCCUGGACGACGACUUCGACGUGAAGGAGUGGGUGAACGGCGCCUUCAAGGUGGCGCAGAAGGAUGCGCCGGGCAAGGCGGACACACACGCAGCCACGCUCGUCAUGAAGCUGCAGCUCUUCAUCCAGGAAGUCAACAAUGCCAUUGAGGAGAGCAGUAACCAGGCCCUCCAGAACAUGCCCAGGGUGCUGCGGGAUGUGGAGGCUCUGAAACAGGAGGCGUCCUUCCUGAAGGAGCAAAUGGUUCUAGUCAAAGAGGACAUCAGGAAGUUUGAACAGGACACCGUGCAGUCAAUGCAGGUCCUGGUGGAGAUCGAUCAGGUGAAGAGCCGCAUGCAGCUGGCUGCUGAAGCUCUGCAAGAGGCCGACAAAUGGAGCACACUGAGUGCAGACAUCGAAGAGACAUUCAAAACACAGGACUUUGCAGUGAUCUCCUCCAAGCUGACCAGCAUGCAGAACAGCCUGGCCAUGCUGGUGGACACACCUGACUACUCUGAGAAGUGCGUCCACCUGGAGGCCCUGAAAAAUAGGCUGGAAGCCCUGGCCAGCCCUCAGAUAGUAGCAACCUUCAAUUCCAUGUCUAUAGACCAAGCCAAGCUAUUUGUCAAAGUCUUCACAGAGAUCGACAGAAUGCCACAGCUCCUUGCCUACUACUAUAAGUGUCAUAAGGGCCAGCUGGUGAGCAUGUGGCAGGAUCUCUCUCAGAGCGAGCUCAGUCUGAACCAGCAGCUGUCUGAGUUCUACGACACCUUGCUCUCUACGUGGCACACACAGCUCCAGUGGAGCAGCCAGGUUUUCAAGAACCCUUAUGAGGUGGUGACAGUGUUGCUGAUCCAGACUCUGGGGGCCAUGGUGCCAUCCAUCCCUGUGUGCCUGGGCACCCACAUAGAGCGAGCGGCCCAGGAUCAGCGCCUCGACACCCUGCUGGAGCUCCACCACACCACGUCGGCCUUCGGACACAGCCUGGAGGCUGCCAUGUUGCCCCACCUGGGCGAGAACAACCUGCUGAAGGUGAACGAGCUGGUCAGUGCACUGUACGACCCCUAUAAGUCCUACCAGCUGCAGUAUGGAGACCUGGAGGAAGCUCAUCUCCUCAUCCAGAUCAGUGCUGUACCUCUGGAGCACGGGGAAGUGAUUGAUUGUGUGGAGGAGCUGAGCCACUCUGUUGGCAAGCUGUUUGGCCUGGCCAAUGCUGCUGUGGACCGCUGUGUCAAACUGACUGAUGGACUGGCUGUGUGUGGCCUUCUCAAAGCCCUCAAAGCCCUUUUCACCAAGUAUGUGUCCGACUUCUCCACAACAUUGCAGUCAAUCAGGAAGAAAUGUAAACUGGAGGACACACCCAGUUCAUCUGUUUUCCAAGAGGACUGGACAGCCUUUCAGAACUCUGUCAGGAUCAUUGCCACUUGUGGAGAGUUACUUAGACAGUGUGGAGCCUUUCAGCAGCAGCUGUCAAAUAAGAUCCUGGCCACAGCAGGUAAGUACCUGUCAGAGUCUUACAGCCCACGCAGCCUGGCAGGUAUCCAGGAGGCCACUUCCUCAGAGAGGAAGAGCACCACCAAGAAUCCCUGGCAGGAGUACAACUACCUUCAGAGGGGCAACAUGGCUGAAUACAACAGCCUGAUGGAGGUGCUCUAUUCCCUAAAGGAGAAGGGCACUGGUAACUCCAGCCUGUUAGCUGAGCCCAAGGCGGCUCUGACCAGACUCAACCAGCAGGCCAACCAGCUGGCUUUCGACUCCGUCUUCUUGCAGAUCAAACACCAGCUCUGCCUCGUCUCCAAGAUGGAGAGUCGAGAGGCCGCUGGUUUUGGAGAGAGCUACACAGAGGACUUGCCUACCUUUAGCUUGUCACCACAAGAAUACAUUACAAAUAUAGGGCAGUACAUUAUGUCUCUGCCACUCCACUUAGAGCCGUUUGUGACACAGGAGGACCCGGCACUAGAGCUGGCCCUGCACGCUGGAAAGCUGCCCUUCCCUCCUGAGCAAGGUGACGACCUUCCCGAGCUAGACAACACGGCCGACUACUGGCUGGGUUCCAUUGCCCGAGCAACCAUGCAGACCUACAGCGAUGCCAUCCUGCUCAUCCCCCAGCUCAGCCCCCACUCCACCAAACAGCUGGCUACAGACAUUGACUAUUUGAGCAACGUGAUGGAUGCCCUGGGCCUGCAGCCCUCCCGCACCCUGCAGCAGAUCGUCACCCUGCUGAGGGCCAAGCCAGAUGAAUACCGACAGACAGCCAAGCUGCUGCCCCGCCGGCUGGCCUCCACCAUUGCUGCCCUCCGUGGCAUUGACUACUGACAGAGAGGAAGAGGGAGCAGAAUCUGUAGGUACAGGAAAAGGUCUGGUGACCCUCGGGCAUCUUUGAUGGAUUUUUGGGAGUUUGCAGUCAAAUGAAGAACAGUCGCAUUUCUCUUUUACUUUGUUUACAUGUUACAGUACCUUAAGUCUCAAAUUUCAGAGAGACCAUUCCCACACAAAGCUGACGUGGUGGUAACAUAAGGACUAUCUCGUCCAAAGAGUUAUGUAUUUGGGGGUCCAUGCCAUAAAAACAAUCAAAGAGGUUCAAACUGUCACACACUUGUUAGUGCAGAACUAAGUGCAACUCCUAACAAUGGCUCACUUUUAAAAAUGUCAAGCCAAGUUGUUGGGUCAUUGUAGGAAGUAUCAAAGGGAUGUGUGAGCAUAUUUAAAAUGUAUAUAUGAUCCAUAUCUCUACUAUAUUGAUUAUAUUAACAAGGUUAAACUAUAACAUUAAAUGGAUUUAAUAAUUUACCCUCCUAUGGUAAUAUUUCCAAAUGGAGCCAUAUUUGUUUCUCAACUCUGCACACUCAGUAACAAAGUUCAAAACUAAAGGGAUGAAGGUAAUGUUUUCUCUCUCUCUCUCUCUCUCUCUCUCUCUCUCUCUCUUUCUCUCUCUCUUUCUCGCUCGCUCGCUCUCUCUCUCUCUCUCUCUCUCUUGCUCUCUUUUUCUCUGAACCGGGCAAUUAACAAAAAAGACAGAUUAUCUUGCCUCCAGUUUGAAAUUUUGUACUAGAAUGAAAAUCUGUAAAUCAAAUAUACACAUCAGCACUACAGUGUACUGUGCAAAUGUUUUAUUUUCUAUUGUUUAUUUGCUAGAUGUGAUUAGGGUUUUAAUGAUUUUGUAAUGUAAUCAAUCUAAUUUAAUAAAUGCUGGUCCUUUGUGCUCAAA